AAUGAGAACUGUUUGAAGUUCACACCUUAUACAAAACGCCAUUACAAGGCCUUCCAACAACAGUGAAAGUACUUUUCUCAAUUCCCCCUCCCAUUUGAAGCGCCUCGUGCCCCCAAUAAAUCGACUCCCUCUGCAACUAUCCCUCGACUCCCUCUGCAACUAUCCCCCUCUCUCUCUCUCUCUCCAUUCCCUGUCCGCGGAAACUGCGGAGUAUGUUAUCACAGGCAGACUAAAUGUUAUUGCCGGAUAUAGAGUCUCUGUAAACCUAAAUAUAUGCAAUGGGAGAAGAAGGUCUUCGUAGCCCCAGUCGGAUCCUGUAUGAGACCUGCUACCAUGCGAGCUCACCUCCUGCACGAGAUCCCUCUCAUGAACAGCAGGAUGAGAAUUCUAAAAAGGGGAUCUUGUCAUUUCUCCCAUUUCAAGGCAUAAAACAACUCAAAGGGAAGUGGGAUAAUUAUAUGCAACAGAAACCAUUGAAGAAAGAGAAAUUUCUCAUUGUGUCUUCUAAAGGUGUACGCAUUGCUGUAGUUAUCGGGAACAAGAUUACGAUCUUGUGGAAAGAUGAUAAUUACACGGAGCCACAUGGCAUUUUUAUUGGCCCUGAUAGCACUUUAAGACAUGGAGCUUGGGUGGAUGAUUGCUGGAUUCUAGGGGUUAUUGAUGAUCUGCAUAACCUGUUCUUUAUCAAUUCAAAUGCUGAGGUGAUGACAAGGGUUACUGAAAAUCAGCUUAAAAUGCUGGCGCCAAGUGUUGGUCUUUUUCUGCAAGAUACUUCCGAUGAUAAAGGCUCCUCUUUGUGCUCCUUCAACAUUCUGACAUCAGAUGGUAUCCUUCAUCGUGUCGAGGUUGAUCAUGGGCGACAUGCUUUUGUGGCCACUUUGUGUACGUCACAUAGCCAACCUGCAUUAAAGCAAUGCCCAUCAAUUAUAUCAUGCUUGGACUUCCAUCCAGAACUUUCUUUGCUUGUCCUAGUUGGUCCAGCAGCAGCUUCUGGGAAGUUUAGAGGGACUGCAGGGUUACAUUUCCUUUACAUCUGCCAAGUGACGAGCAAAGGAGAUCUGGAACCUGUCAUAUUCUCUACUCAUUUUGAAGGUUUAUUUUCUAUGCCCAAGAGUCAUGGAGGACCAUUUAUAAGUCCAAAAGUGGAAAUUUCACCGCAUGGACGACAUAUAGCUGUGCUAGAUAUGGGAGGAAGCUUGGGUGUUUUCAAUGUGGACCACGAGCUACGUACGCUUUCCCCUAUUACUUUCAUGGAGCCAUUGACACCUGAAGGACAAAAUAUGCAUGAUAUUCUAGAUUUUACCUGGUGGUCGGAACAUGCUCUUAUUAUAGCAAAGAGGACUGGCAUUGUCACAAUACUUGAUAUCCCCCGUGGUGCAAAACUUCUCAAUUGCGAACCAAGGUUUUCCAUGCCUGUCUUUCAACAAGUUAGGGAUUGUGUUGGGCAUGCUUUUCUUCUUGACAGAUAUUUAGCAUCUGACGAGAUACAGCAGAAGAUUUCAUUUGAGACUGGAGAAAAUAGAGCUGUUAAGGAUAUUGUUCAGGUUCUUGAUGACAAGCAUGUUGGUCUGGAUGCAGCUGGAUUAGGGUGGACACUGAUAUCAUUAUCAGAAAGAUCAGUUUCAGAAAUGUACAAAAUACUGCUCAAUAGGCAGCAGUAUACAAUGGCAUUAAAAUUUGCAGCUUGUCAUGGGUUGGAUAAAGAUGACGUCCUUAAAGCACAAUGGAUGCAAUCCGAUCAUGGUUCUGAAGCAAUAAAUGUGUUUCUAUUAAAAAUUGAGGAUCAAAGUUUUUCCCUUUCAGAAUGUAUUCGUGUAAUAGGACCAACCGAAGAUGCUGUUAAUGCUUUACUUUCUCAUGGGCUUCAUAUUACAGAAGAGUAUAAAUUUGAAGAGUCUACAGAUAAUCAAUGCAGGAUGGUUUGGGAUUUCAGGAUGAUUAGGCUUCAGUUAUUGCAGUAUCGAGACAGACUGGAUACAUUUUUGGGGAUAAAUAUGGGCAGGUUUUCUCGUCAGGGGUAUGGCAAAUUUCGCUCACUACCUCUUCAUGAAGUUGCUGUUUCUCUUGCAGAAACUGGAAAGAUUGGUGCCCUGAACCUCUUUUUUAAGCGCCAUGCUUAUUCUCUGGCUCCUUUCAUUUUGGAUAUCUUAGCUGUGAUUCCUGAAACUGUUCCAGUUCAAACCUAUGGUCAGCUCCUACCUGGAAGGUCUCCUCCAAGCAACAUCUCUCUUAGGGACAAAGAUUGGGUUGAGUGUGAAAGAAUGGUAGCGUGUAUCAAAAGCUAUUGCCUGGAAAAGGAUAAUGAAAGUAAUGUCCAAUUUUUCACUGAGCAUAUUAUAAAGCUCCGUGAUGGGUUUGUUUGGCCAUCAGUUUUGAAGCUUUCCGAGUGGUACAGAGAUAGGGCCUUACACAUGGAUUUAGUGAGUGGGCAGUUAGAAAAUAGCCUUACUCUGGUGGAAUUUGCUUGUCACAAGGGUAUUGUGGAGUUGAAAGAGCUCCACAAAGAUAUCUCUUGUCUGUGUGAGGUCGUCUUUUCAGAUGUUUAUUCAGAAGAAAAAAAUCGUGAUAUGAGCCUUAUUGCUUGGCGACAAUUAUCUGACUAUGAAAAAUUCAGGAUGAUGAUCAUGGGAGUUCGAGAGGGUACUUUAGUUACACGAUUACGGGAAAAAGCUAUCCCAUUCAUGCAUAACAGGUCUCGGAUGAAAGUUGAAGUCUUUGAAGAUGAAAUGAGAGACAGUGGAUCAUCUUCCGUGGAUUGUAACCAUUCUGAGUCAUUCAUGGUUUUAUGGUUGAAGGAGAUGGCAUUAGAGAAUCAAUUAGAAGUUUGCUUGAAAGUUAUUGAAGAAGGAUGUAAGGAUUUCCAUGUAAAUGGGAUUUUUACAGAUGAAACAGAAGCUGUAGAUGUAAGUCUAUAUUGCAUAUAUUCAUGCACCCUUACAGAUUGCUGGAAUACAAUGGCAUCUAUCUUAUCGAAACUCCCUCACACAUCUAUACGAGGUAAAUCAUCCUUUUCUGACAAGGAUUUCAGUCCAAGGCAUGGGAUCAGAAGUUUUGGAAGAGUUUUCAGAAAGUCUGAUAGAAGUAGCCAACCUUUGAGCCCAAACACUUCCAAAAAUCUGAAAGGGGAAGGUUAUGUAAGUUCUACCAUUGGAAAUGAUGGAGAACAAUUUGAAAGAAGUGUAGAUACAUCAGUGGAAAACCUAGAGAAAAGAAUUAAAGUUGCUGAAGGCCAUGUAGAAGCUGGCAGGCUUCUGGCUUAUUACCAGGUGGCUAAGCCAAUUCGUUACUUUCUUGAAGCUCAUUCAGAUGCAAAGGGCAUAAAACAGCUUAUUCGACUUAUUCUGUCGAAAUUUGGGCGUCGACAACCAGGUAGAUCCGAUAAUGAUUGGGCAAAUAUGUGGCGUGAUAUGCAGUGCCUCCAGGAGAAGGCAUUUCCAUUUUUGGAUGUUGAGUACAUGCUCACUGAGUUCUGUGGAGGCCUUUUAAAAGCAGGGAAGUUUUCCCUUGCAAGGAACUACCUAAAGGGCACUGGUAGCAAUGCUUUGGCAGCAGAUAAGGCAGAGAAGCUAGUUAUUCAAGCAGCUAGAGAAUACCUUUUCUCGGCAUCGAGUUUUGAUUGUUCAGAAAUAUGGAAGGCCAAGGAGUGCUUAAAUCUCUUUCCAAACAGCAAAACUGUGAAGGCUGAAGCUGAUAUUAUUGAUGCACUUACUAUAAAACUUCCAAAUCUAGGAGUGACUCUGCUGCCUAUGCAGUUUCGGCAGAUCAGGGAUCCUAUGGAGAUUAUUAGAAUGGUAAUUACAAGUCAAAGUGGGGCCUAUCUCAAUGUGGAUGAACUCAUAGAAAUUGCCAAGCUCUUUGGUUUAAAUUCUUCAGAUGAUAUAGCAGCAGUAGAAGAAGCUGUGUCAAGAGAGGCUGCAGUUGCAGGUGAUCUUCAGCUGGCUUUUGAUCUUUGUCUUGCUUUGGCAAGAAAAGGAUAUGGUUCUGUGUGGGAUUUGUGUGCUGCAAUUGGAAGGGGGCUUGCUAUUGAUGACGUGGAUAUAAAAUCUCGAAAGGAGCUCCUAGGUUUUGCAUUGUGCCAUUGUGAUGAUGAAUCAGUUGGGGAAAUUCUGCAUGCAUGGAAAGAAUUAGACAUGCAGAGUCAAAGUGAGAAAUUAGUAAUGUUGUCAGGGACUGAACCCGCUAACUUUUCUGUUCCAGGCUCGUCAUUAAUGUCCUUUCCUUUCCAGAAUAUCCAAGGUAAUAUUGAGCCCAGAGAUUUAUCUGAACUGGUUGCCAGGAGUGAUUCCCAUGCUGAUAUUAUGCAGUUUCUAGACAAAAUCAGAGGCUUACUCUCCGCUGUUGCAAAAACUGCUUCAUGUGAAAGUGAGUGUUCUUGGGACUCAAUAGUGAAAGAAAAUGGAAAGAUUCUUAGCUUCGCUGCUUUGCAACUACCUUGGUUGCUUGAGUUGUGUGGGAGUAAAAUAAACAUUAUGGAGAGAGCGGAUAAUGGAAGAAUGAAUCUUGAUGGAAACCAAAACCGAAAUGUAAGAAUGCAAGCCCUGGCAACCAUCAUGUGCUGGCUGGCGAACAAUGAUGUUGCUCUGAGUGAUCAUCUGAUCACUUCUUAUGCAAAAGAAGUAAUACUAGCACCUAACACUGGAGAAAAUGAUAUUCUUGGGUGUUCGUAUUUGUUAAAUCUCUUGGAUGCCUUCCGUGGAGUGGCGGUUAUAGAAGAGCAACUGCAUAUAAGAAACGGGUAUCAAGAAGUUUCCAGCAUCAUGAACAUGGGGAUGACAUAUAGUUCCUUGCACAAUUUUGGCUUUGAAUGUGGGGACCCUGAACAGAGAAGACAGCUACUUAUCAAUAAAUUCCUAGAGAAGCAGAUGUCUUUCAAUUCAGAUAUGCUGGAUGGGAUCGAUAAUGCCCAAUCUACAUUUUGGAGAGAGUGGAAAUCAAAAUUAGAAGAGCAGAAGAGAUUAGCUGAUCGGUCAAAAGCUUUGGAAGAAGCAAUACCAGGAGUUGAAACUACACGCUUCUUAUCUGGAGACAUGAACUACAUUCAGAGCAUUGUUUACUCCUUUGUUGAAUCCGUGAGGCAAGAAAAGAAACCGGUUUUAAAAAAAGCCAUUAAGAUUGCUGCUGAGUAUGGCCUCAAGCAGAAUGAGGUGCUUCUUACGUAUCUUGGUUCUGCUCUCGUGUCUGAGGUUUGGUCAAAUGAUGAUAUUGCUGCUGAAAUUUCAGAUUACCAGAAUGAACUGCUCAAGGAUCCAGAGGGAGUUAUUAGAAUGAUAUCUACAAGUGUAUACCCUCUGAUUGAUGGGAUAAACAAGCUACGCCUUGCCUACCUUUACAGUAUUCUCUCUGACUGCCAUCUUCAGCUGAAUAAGACUGCAGGCCUACAAUAUUUGCAGAAAUGUGGAAUGGAGUUAUAUCAAUUUUGCAAGGUCCUUGAACAAGAAUGCCAAAGGGUUUCCUUCAUCGAAAAUUUGAACUUUAAGAAUAUAGCUGGAUUGGAUAACCUAGUUUAUGACCAUUUCAAUGAACAAGUUCUUAGUCAUGUUUCUCAAACAAAUGUGGAGGCUCUGGCAAAAAUGGUUCAGAACCUUGUUGGUAUUCAUGAACACCUUUCAGAAACCAAGGGUCUUAUCACAUGGAAGGCAGUUUACAAGCAGUACAUUAUGAGUCUGUUGAAAGGACAUUCAGACAUAGAUAAUGGAGUGGUAGAUGAUCAUCCCUUUAACAGUGAUGAUUUUAGGGUUACUAUUGGUGAGCUUGAGAGCAAGUAUGACUCUUGCAGGGUUUAUUUAGAAGGGAUUUCAGAAGGAGAUUUGUUAGAAAUCAUGACAAGGUUCUAUGAGUUGAGCCUUCCUCCUAACCCUGGGAUGUUAUCAACUGAAUCGACUGGACUGGAAUGUCUCAUUUUGCUACUGACUUUGUGGGUUCGUUUGGCAGAUGACAUAUUGGAGAUUGCAUCUCAUAAUGAAUUGGAAAGAGAUUGCAUAUUAUUUUGCUUGGCAACUUUGUCAGAAUGUUUGAAGUCUUUUAGUGGUUUGGUUAUAGAGGGUAGAAUUUCAGCUCACCGUGGGUGGGAAACUGUUUCCCUGUUUGAUAAAACUGGUCUUUUGAGUGCUUUGACAACUGACCGAUUCGGUUAUUGCAGAGCCAUGGUUUAUGCUGGCUGUGAGUUCUCAACCAUCUUCAAAGUAUUUUUUGAAGUACUCCCUUGUGCUCCAACCUCCUCAUUCAUGUAUGAAUCUAAUCUUCAGGGUUUUGAGCUUCAUGAUUUUUAUUUAAAUGUCAUGGAAUCAAUUUUCUCUGAAUUAGGGAGCAGUGAAGUUUCCCAAACACGGUUGGCUAAUCUGUUAUCUUCUCUUAGCAAGAUGGAAGACACUGGUGUAAGUGAUUGUGUCGUGAAUUUACAGAAGGUGAGAUCGAUGGUGUGGGAAAGGCUGAAUUCUUUUGCUGAGAAUAUGCAGCUGCCAAGUCAAACACGUGUAUAUGCUUUGGAGCUCUUGCAAUGUAUCACUGGAAGACAUGUUGUACGAUCCAAGUUUCAACCAUGGGAAGGGUGGGAUGAAACAUUAUUCUCAGAAGGCAUCGAUAUUUCUGAGCAACGUAAAGAAGGUGGUGUGCCAAGCAGGUUAAGAACUUCUUUGGUUGCCCUCAAAUCAACUGAUCUAACUUCAGCUGCCUGGCCUGGUGUAGAAAUAACCCCAGAUGAUCUCAUGACAACGGAUUCAGCUUUCUCCAUUUUCAUGCGCCUCUCUACCAGUUCAGCCUUGUCAUCACAUAUGAACACUUUGCAAGCUCUUCUUGAAGAGUGGGAAGGGCUCUUUACACCUAUGGAUUUGCCUUGUUCAAGUAUAGAUGUAAAGGAUAGUGCAAUAUCCACCGAUUCCCAUGAUGGGUGGAAUGGGGAUGAGUGGGAUGAAGGGUGGGACACUUUCCAUGAUGAGCCAUUGGAGAGACUAGGCCAAAGGGUACCAUCAGUUUGUGUCAAUCCUCUUCAUGCUUGCUGGUUUGUCAUCCUUGAGAAGCUCUCUGUGCAGUCUCAGUUUUCAGAGGCAAUGAAAUUGCUCGAUCAUUCAGUGUGCAAGCAAAAAGGUAUAUUGAUAGCUGAGGAUGAGGCCCAUAAAUUAAGCCAGUUUUUACUGGGCAUCAGUUGUGUCGUAGCCAUCAAGAUUAUGCUGCUACUUCCCUAUGAAACCAUUUGGUACCAGUGCUUAACUGUGCUUGAGGCCAAGCUCAAAGAUGGCAGUGUCUUGCUUGACAACUUAAGCAGGGACUACGAGCUAUUAACAAUUAUGCUCACAUCAGGAAUCCUUUCGGUUGUAGCUCUUGAUUUGACUUAUGGCACCACUUUUUCGUGCAUGUGUUACUUGACCGGGAGUCUCUCGCGUAUUUAUCAAGAGGGUCAGUUAUCUAUGUUAAAGAAUAAGAGGACUGAAGAGCAUUCCUGCCUCCUUUUCUGUGGGCUACUCUUCCCUUGUUUCAUUGCGGAGCUUGUUAGAGCCAAGCAAUAUUUAGUAGCCGGAGCAUUUGUGCUGCAAUUUAUGCAUGUGCACCCUUCUCUUUGUCUUGUCAAUGUUGCAGAGGCCAGCCUUUGUAAGUAUUUGGAAGGACAGAUUCAAACCCAAGAGAACAAUUCAUCUAAACUUGACGAUUUGUGCUCGUCGAACACUAUAGGGAACACGGUUUCCACAUUAAGGGGUAAACUCAAGGGCCUGCUUCGAGAUGCUUUAUCUUCUCUUUCUGCUGAUAUGAAAUGAAAGAGAGUAUAUAUUUCCUGUUUUACUUGCUAUUCCUUUAUAUUUUGUCUCAUCUCUUUUGUCAUUGAUUUCACUUGAGUGUCCUAAAAAUUUGUUGGUUAUUCUUC